CGCAUGUCUGUUUUCGCCGGGUAGCGACUGAAGGUUUUAACUGUUGUUUCGGUGGAGCUCCGCAUCCUGCGUUUGAGUUUUAAGUCUUUAUUACUGAGCUGGAGGGAAGACUGAACUCCAGAAGAAAAUAACACAAAAAAUGUCGGAGAAUAUGGAGACGGGAGCAAGUGUGUCCAAUGGAUCUGGGGCUGUUGGGGCAGGGUAUGAGAAAGAAGAAGGCAACCUCAGCCCCGAGGAUCUGUCUGAGAUGCUGGCUGCUGGAACCAAGGAGGUUCACGAAAAAGCAGAGAACACGCAGUUCGUGAAAGAUUUCCUAAGGGGACGAAUCCGCAAAGAGCUUUUCAAGCUUGGCGCUGUUGCACUUUACCACACAUACACGGCCAUGGAGGAGGAGAUCGAGAGGAAUAAGGACCACCCCCAAUUUGCCCCCCUGUAUUUCCCCGCAGAGCUGCACCGCCAUGAAGCCCUGGCCCGCGACCUGGAGUAUUUCUACGGUCCGGAUUGGAAGAGCAAGAUCAGCUGCUCUCAGGCCACCCAGCAGUACGUGGACCGCAUCCACCAGGUGGGGCAAGAAGACCCGGUGCUGCUGGUGGCCCACGCCUACACUCGCUACAUGGGCGACCUGUCAGGGGGGCAGGUGCUGAGAAAGGUGGCACAGAGAGCUUUGAAGCUGCCACCCACAGGGGAAGGCCUGGAGUUCUACCAGUUUGAUGCGAUCCACAGCGCCAAGGCGUUCAAACAGCUGUACCGAAGCCGCAUGAAUGAGCUGGACCUGGACGUGGCGACAAAGAAGAAACUGGUGGAGGAAGCUGUUAAAGCUUUUCAUUUCAACAUGGAGGUGUUUGAGGAGUUAGAAGAAAUCGGCAAAACAAUUCAGGAGGAUGUUCAAGAUGCUGGCAUGUCUGUUCAUGGGGAGACAGGAGGAGACAUCAGCAAAUGUCCAUACUAUGCUGCCAAGAUGGCAGCGUCAGGGGGAACAGCGUAUUUUGGUCAGCUGGUCAUGGCCGCUCUCAGACACCCGACGGGACAGGUCCUGUUUGCCACUUGGUUCGCCGCCCUGGCUGGACUGGCUGCGUGGUAUCUGAUGUGAUCCGGCUGUUACCCGGCUGCUGUUAGAACAGAGGAGCGGCGAAAAGAAGGACAGCAAGGAGCCUGGAAUACUUCCACUAACUGACCAUUUUAUAAAAACAUUCAAAUCAGGUCUGUGCGUUUGUGUUUUUAGCUUUGUAGUGGUAGAAUUUCAGGAGUGUGAUCCACAGGACGAAUAGGGCAACAACUCCCUCCACAAAGCACACAUUUUACUUUCUUCUUCUAAAUUUUUUUUUCUUCAUAAAAAUGUAGAUGUUUUUCUUAUUUCUCUACCUCCAACACGCUCUCCUUCCAUUUGGUGCUUUUCAGUUCUGGUGCAUCUGAAGUUAUGUUAUAGCUGCUUUCUGACGGUAGUAGACCAGCUGUUAUAAAUAAAUACUGUAAGUAUGAUAACAAAAUACAAUACUGUUGCAAGAAAAAUAGUCAAUCCGGAUGAUGCUCAUAAUUAGAUGUAUGCUUUAAAUCCUUCAGAGCAAUAUGAAACAAAGAAGUACUUUUGUACAACAAAUAUAGUCAAUUCACAGUGCUACUUAAAAACAUCCAUAUGCUUUAAGCUUUUUCAGUUUAUUUGUAGGUUGCAACCAAAAAAAUAACAUUUAUUAAGUUUUUGUUUUAGACCAAUGCAUUUUUGUCUAGCUCAUUAUUAAAUGAAGAAGUACCAUGACUAUAAAAAAAAAAAAAUUCUGCAUCAAAAAAAAGCUACAUUAUGUGAUAGAUUUUUUUGGUCUAUCAUAAAAAAUCUUAACAACUACCCAGAAGUUUACAGUUAUAGCAUGACAAAUUGUAGUAAGGUGUAUGGUUGCCUUUUAAAGCCGCUCUAAAAGCAGAAAUUGCACUUAAUAUCUGGAUAUAUAGUGCUCAGGUUUAUUGUGGUGACGUAAAGCCAUUCAAAACCCCUAGCUGAAGAAACAGUUCUCAUUGACUGCACACAUAAAUAUGUAUUUAUGUGUGCGGCGUGGGUGAGAACAAACGGUUGAGGGCAUGUCUGUCUGUUAUUCUAUAACAUAAUUACUUUCGACAGGCCUAGAUUGAAGCGACACCCUCCUCCUCUCCCCCAAAAAGCUGUAACUGAUCACAUAAUGGUGCAUUAGCUAAUGAGUUCAGAGUGAGCUCAGAAAAAUAAAACGGUAAAUCGUAUCUGCCAUGUACAGUAGGUGAGGCCUUGAUGAGGCAGGGUUUAAAUGGAUAUGCAUCCAUUUAUUUUAUGCUGUGUGUUUUUCCCUAAAUAUAAUGUGAAAAUUGUCACAUUUUAUUGUAUUGUCGUCACACUCAAAUGUUUCCAAGACGGUCGUAUGUCUGCAAUGAGACGGAUGGUCGCAACCAAGAAAAACCUUCUUUAAAAGUGCAGGAUUAUUUGACAGCAUUUAAAUUCCCAUAAUGGUGAAUCAGUUUAUUAAAUACAAACAAUUACUCUAUAUUGUAGUGCGUGCUAACUUCAAUUAUUCUUUUGUUUCAGAAUCACGUGAUGGCUAAGCCAAUAAAAAGCAGUCUCUUUAUGUGCAUGCUCUAAUUUUCUAAAUGAAAUAUGUUAUCGCUUACCUGCAGCAGAUUUACCUCGAGAUAACCGAGUGGGCGCUUGGGAUAAACUAAUAUAUUGAUCCUGUACCAGCUCAGCUCUCGUUUCUUUAUCCAGUUUUGUGGAUACACGUUUAACGCGUCACCUCUAUUGUACAACGUGCUGGAAGAAGAUUCCCAUUAAAAACUCAGCUAAGCUUCGUAUUGAGUAGAAAUACUUUGUGCUGUAAUUACACUGAAAAUGUAGUAUCCGCCCAGAUGGAGUGUUGAUAUUUUAGGAACCUUUUGGAGUGGUUUUUGUAUUGAUUACCCAAAGAAAUGUGCUGUUUCUCAAACGUCUGCCUGGUUCAUGUGCACAGUGCGUUUGCUCUCGCGGAGAAAGACUUGCAGCACUUCCAAUGCUGGCGCAGCUGCCUGGUUGCAAACAUGCCGAAGGGAGCGAUUGGGUUUUGUUUUUGAAAGUCUCAGGUUCAGGACAAUGAAAGGCAUAUGGUCGGGUAAAACAGGAACAGUUUGAAAUGCUCUUGUAAGCCCAUGUUUUAUUGCUUUCUCAUGGUUCAAGCAUGAAGUGCGCGUCAGUAUUUCUAGGACCUACUGAAGGGACACAAUCUGCAGCCAUAAAUGAAAAUGUUUGACUAAUACGUGCUAAUUUGUAAUUCUUUUACUCUGCUCCUAAUUCCUUUGUAUUUUAUUGGAGCUUUGUGACUAGCUAGAGCACUUUUAUUGUACGAGUGAAAGCCAAGAGUUAUAUUGUGUUGUCGAUAACAAAAUAAAUGGUUUUACUCUGC